AUGGAGGAAACUACCGUCGCGGCCAGUCGCGGCGGAACCCCCGUGGCGCGAGAAGGAGGGAACCAACGAUCCUCGAAAAUCCAACCUUUGGAGAUUCCCACGCACUCGUCGUCGUCCACCAAGGAGGAGGACACCAUCGUCGUCGUCGUUCCUCAACGGGAAAUUGAGCACCAAAACGUCUCCGAGACGAACACAAAUGUGGAACACGCUUUGAACGAAUCCUCCGAGCAGUUGUUGAGCGCGAACAGCAGCAGCGGUGGAAAAAGAGAGCGAAGAAGAGGAGAGAACGGAGAGGACGAAAUGGAGGAAGACGAGUCGAGUUUACGAUCCCCGCGAAGUCCGAAAGCGUACGCGCAAUCCGGCGUAAAAGUUGGCAUCGAAUUCGCCAGAAGCGUGAAAGUCGUUUUGUUCUCGACGAAGAUUUGCAUUUUGCUUUUGUUCGUUCCAAUUGCGCUGGCGUUAGGCCACGCGGGAAAGAAUAUGUCUCCCGGACCGAUCUUCUUCUUCUCGGUGUUGGCGAUCGUUCCUUUAGCCGAACGUCUUGGGUUCGUGACGGAAGAAGUCGCCGCGCAUACGAACGAAACGUUGGGCGGAUUAUUGAACGCGACGUUCGGGAACGUGACAGAACUGAUCGUCUCUUUAAUGGCGUUGAGGAAUGGAGAUACGCGGUUAGUGAAACUGAGUUUACUUGGGUCGAUAUUGACGAACACGCUGCUCGUGUUGGGCGCGAGUUUCUUUUUUGGAGGAUUGAAAUAUAGCGAGCAGACGCACAACAGGAAAGGCGCGCAGUUGAAUGCCGGUUUGUUGUUGUUGAGCGUAUUGAGCUUGACGCUACCGAGCGUGAUGAGCGAGACGUCGAUGAGUGGGACGACUGAAGAGGAGAAAGAGAGGGACAUAUUGAGAGUGUCGAGAGUAUCGAGCGUGUUCUUGUUGGCUGGGUACAUGGCGUUUUUGGUGUUUCAGUUGAAGACGCAUAAGCACAUGUUCGUGAGCGAGAAUAAAAACGAGGACGGAGGAGAAGAGGAUCACGAGAGGAAAGCAAAAGAGGAGAAGAAAAUAAAAGCGGUGAGAAGGACCGGCUCGACAGAGUCUAUGUUCAAGAUGAAAACGAGUUCGAUGGAGAAUUUACGAGCGACUUUAAAGAACAUGGCAUCGUCGAGUAGCAAUCCGAAGCCGAUACUAGCACGAAAAGCGGAAAGAGAAGACGACGAAGAGAGUGGAAGAGGUUCAGCGGUGCCACAGCCUCCGGUGUCUCCAAUUCCAGAAAACGCGGUGAAAAAUAGUGGUGCAUUAGAUAUUACCAACGCAGGCGGUGGUUCGAAACUUGCAAAAUUACGUUGGCAAUCCGCGGUGAAAGACAUCGCGCAGAAGAAAGAAUUGAACAUGCUGAAAUGGGGGUCCGUGUUGACGCAAGUCAGCACCCAAACUCGAGUCAAUUCCAUGCAACGUAAACUCUCGCAAUUGAACAAGAAACUCACAGAAACGCUUUCAGGGAAAGGUGCUCGAGAAGAUGAUAAGAACAUCUUGUUUGGUUUCGAACGCGGGGACGAGAUGGCUUACGAGCACAAAGACGAUUCGUUGACGAAAGUUUCCGCGAUGAUUUGGUUAGCGGUGAUCACUGGGUUUAUUGCUUCACUUUCCGACGUGCUCGUGGGUUCCAUCGACGGCGCCGCGCAUCAAUGGGGUGUACCCAUGGCGUUCAUUGCAACGAUCGUGUUACCAUUGGUUGGUUGUGCGGCUGAAAUCACCGCGGCGGUGAUGUUUGCGAGAAAGAACAAGAUGGACAUUUCCAUCGGCGUUGCAAUCGGAAGUUCCACGCAGUUUGCUUUACUCGUCAUUCCAGUCACCGUUUUGAUCGGAUGGAUGAUCUCUGUCCCGAUGAACUUAGAUUUUGGUUUAUUUGAAUCCGCGAGCUUAUUAGUCGUCGUUUUAGUCGUCAACGCAAACGUCGUAGACGGCACGUCGAAUUGGUUAAAAGGCGCCAUGUUGUUGUGCGCGUACGCGUGUUUAGCAACCUCAAUAUGGUUUCAGAAGUUCUAG